GGAACUGCUUUGACCUACGGUAUUUUUAUUUGCGCGUCGACGCGGUUAUCAAACUGCAACCGUGAUCGUGAACUUUAAUCUCUGUGUCACUCUUAUUCUGCGCGUGCAUUCAAAGGAAACUGUGGGCAAUACUUUACAGACUGCAAAGCUUGCUAGGAAAACAGCUUUUAUUCUGGAAAGGCCUGCGUGCUGUGCUACAGGCAUGCAUAAGCGCGCAGUUCUUCGGCAAGCUCGCCUCCUAUCGGAGGCUCGGUUGUCACGUGACUCCAGGCCGCAGGUAGCAGCGCUGAAAGCUCACAAGUUCUGUAUUGGAGCAGCUGUUGGUCGUGCCGCAUCAACGAUGGCUGGAAAAACAGUAACUCUUGACAACAUGAACCCUCACCUCAUAACCAUGGAGUAUGCCGUUCGCGGUCCCAUCGUUAUACGAGCAGGAGAAAUCGAAAAGGAGCUCAAAGCAGGCAAGAAGUUCAAUUUCACUGAAGUGAUUCGAGCCAACAUAGGUGAUUGCCACGCAAUGGGUCAAGUGCCAUUGACCUUCUUCCGCCAGGUCAUAGCAGCAUGUGCAAAACCUGAUUUGAUGAAAGGGGACUUGCUUCCAGCUGACGUAAAGUCAAGAGCUCAACGUAUUCUGGAGGGCUGUGGAGGAAAAAGCGUAGGUGCCUACAGUGAUAGUGCAGGUGUCGAAAUCAUUCGGAAACAUGUCGCCGAGUAUAUAAGUGAGCGUGAUGGCUUGAAUGCAAAAUAUGAAGAUGUGAUUCUAUCAACUGGUGCCAGCGAGUCUGUUCGGUCAGUGCUGAACUUGCUUAAUGUGCAUAAGGAUGGAAAACCAUCUGGAGUCAUGAUUCCAAUCCCCCAGUAUCCCCUCUACUCUGCAACCCUUGCUGAAUAUGGUAUACAUCAGAUAAACUAUUACUUGGAUGAAGAGAAUGACUGGGCAUUGAGCAUCCGAGAACUCGAAAGAUCUCUGAAUGAAGCUAAAAAAGUUUGCAAUCCUCGUGGCCUGGUUGUAAUCAAUCCUGGAAACCCUACUGGGGCAGUCUUGACAGAGCAGAAUAUCAAACAAGUAGUUGAGUUCGCUUAUAAGCACAAGCUUUUCCUUAUGGCUGAUGAGGUGUAUCAGCAUAACAUCUAUGCUGAAGGGGCUGCAUUCCACAGUUUUCGCAAGAUAAUGCACAACAUGGGUCCCCCUUACUCUGACAUGGAACUUGCUUCAUUUAUGUCUGCUUCGAAAGGCUACAUGGGAGAAUGUGGAUUACGUGGUGGCUACGUAGAGGUGAUAAAUCUUGAUCCAGCUGUCAAGCGUGUCCUGUUGAAAUCGGUUUCUGCCAAACUAUGUUCCUCCGUGUUGGGCCAAUGUGCCAUGGACUGUGUUGUCAACCCUCCAAAACCUGGUGAACCAUCGUAUGACUUGUUCAUAAAGGAGAAGACAGCUGUCCUGGAUUCUUUGAAGAAGAGGGCAGAACUUGUUGCUGAUACAUUCAACUCAUUUGAAGGGUUUAGCUGCAACAAAGUAGCUGGGGCCAUGUAUGCAUUCCCAAAGUUCACGCUACCCCAAAAAGCCAUUGAGGAGGCAAAGGCUACAGGCCAGGCACCAGACUUCUUUUAUGUAAUGCAGCUGCUUGAGAACACUGGUGUGUGUGUUGUCCCAGGAAGUGGCUUUGGGCAGAUACCUGGCACUUAUCAUUUUAGGACCACUAUUUUGCCCCCCUUGGAGAAGCUCCAGGUGAUGCUUGCACAUUUAAAGGGCUUCCACCAGAAGUUCAUGGACAAGUAUAAAUGAGUGCUGCAUUCACAAGCAAAGCAUUUCCAGUUGCGCCCUAUUCAUUGAGGCCAAAAAAUACCUAUGCCACGUGCUUUCGCUCGGACUGAGAGACUAGCUAUAAUACCGUGUCUCAUUUUCAAUGUUUAGAUGUCUGGUCACCAAAGGACAAUGAUUGUAUGUGUAAGUGUUCGGCACAUAGGUGCAGUUGCUUUUGGUUUAGCUUUUGUCAUAUGCUUUGAAGUGCCCUUAUAGUAGGUAUAAGGUGUUGACGAGUGUUUUUCUCUUUACUGCUUUUAAGGCGUCUCUCGCGUUAUUCUGCUAUGAUAUUAAGCCAUAAUAAGUGAUGUUCACACAUUGUUGACAUGAGAUAUCAUUGCUGUUUUAUGCAUGUACUCUAGCAAGUUAUGGUAUUUUAACUGUGGAACAGUGCAGCGAUACAUUGCGACAUUUCCUGUUGGAAAUUAGUGUAUAGUGCCAUACAAGAAUGUUUCCCUUAAAGGGCAGCGUAUAAACUGGUCUAGUUUUGAACUUUAUUAUAACAUGCUUUUGAAAGCAUUCAUUUUUACUUUUUGUAUAACGUGUAGUCGGUGUAAAUUAGCACAUCAAUGACUUCAGUGCUGAUAUUUAAGUAGCAAUAAACAUGCAACCCUUAGUUUAUGUAUAUUUUCCCUGCAAAA